AUCCUGCUAGCCCGCUUUCGUUUUCAGCAUGAACCAAACCUUCUACACGCCGAUAAACGAACCCUAUCACCAACACCACUACACUUAUUUACCAACAAGUACAAUUAACGGACAAAAAAACAAGAAGGGGAACAACACUCCAACAACAAGUUCUCCCAACAAUAACACCAACAAUCAAGACAACAAUACUCUUCCUUCCUUUGUAAAAACCACCUCUGCAUUGUUGGAUUGUGAUCGCCAACAACAACAACAAAAUAACAACACUGCAUCAUCAUACCUGUACAAUAAUCAUGGAAUCUAUAAUGAAGCACCUUCACCCUCUGUCCACCACCAACAACAACAAGAUAAUAACAUUCUGCCACCUUUAUCCUCUCUGUUACCACCUGCUGUAGAUAUCAAUUCCACUACUAAAUAUAGUUCUAAUUACCCACACCCACUCAAUAACAUGAAUAUGUCUUUUGUUCCUCCAAACGUAUCAUCGCCAUUUAACUCUUCAAGACCUCACGACAUCUAUCAACCAAUAUCUUCUCCUGUUAGUAAUGCAAGUCGUUCUACUACCGAAUCACUCUCACGAAGGAACUCUAUAUCUUCAUCUGCCACAAGCUCUCUUGAUACUCCAGAAAAUCAAAAGAGGAUCUUCCAGACCAUGAUAUCCAGAGUAAUGAUCAAGGAAAAUAAGAAAGUUGUAAAGAUUAACCAACAACAACAGAGUUCCCUUUUGAUGAAAGUAUUGAAAUUCAAUCAACUUAAACUUGCCCAAAUGAUGGCCCAAUCAAACAGGUCACAUCAUACCAUUUCUGCUCAAUUGCUAGAUAACGGCGGAAAGUUAGAUGUUUAUGUUUUGGCUAGAAGGAAAAACAUUGGUGUAAAUAGUGUUUCCAAUAUGGAAAGAAGAGUUGACUGUUUCAAGUUGGACGAUUAUUCCUUCAACAUUGUUGUUCUAGAACCAAACCACUAAAAAAUUGUAAAAUAACAUUCCAAAAAAACAAAUAAAUAUUUAUUCAAU